GUGCUGCGGGCGCUCCUCUCGUGAACAUGAAUGAAUAAAGUUUAUCAUCGCAGGUGGAAAUGUAAUAUUUGGAGAGAAUCUGGUUGAAUGAAUAGCAAAUACUGACGGAUAGAUUCGUUGUAAGACUCUUUAUGAUCUGCGCUGCUGUUGUGGAAUAAAGGAGCGAAGCUAUCUGCUAGCAUGACGUUAGCAUGUGAGAGAAAUAGCUUUGAGGAGUAAAGGAUGAAGGAUCCUCUGAACACACCAGCUCUGCAGGGUGAGAUUUAACUGCCAUAAUGAUCCCAAGUCUGAACACCAAACCGAGCAUGAACAGCAGCAGCAUCACAGAGCUGGUGGGAGCCUUGUGCGACCGCUGCCUGUCCGGAGUGUCCUGGAAGAGGCGCGCGCUAGGGGGCAUCUCCAGAGAAAAUUUCCACAAAAGUCUGAAGAAGCGUGCAUAUGGAGCACUGUUAUCAAAACUAUUCCAGGACAGCACCAAAGGCACUUCUACCCCUAAGCGAAACCCCACCGCUAACCCCACACCCUCGAGAAAUAAAGUGUUGAUGAUAUGUUUUGACUUGCGAGUGGCAGGAUGCAGAGAGGAGGCAGAACGAUUAGAAGAACUACUAGGGAUACUGCCAGAGGGCACGUCUUCAGGGUUAAAGGAAGUAGACGCUGUACUUGAGCUUUUGGUGCAACUUGCAGGUUCAACUCCUCCGCCCUCAACCACUUUUAGCCAGGACUACAUGAGGAGGGAACGACCUGUAAUACGAAAACCUCAGCCGUGGAGCUAUCAGAGUGAGGAGCUGCAGAGGCUGGAGGCAAGGGCUUGGGGGCUUAUUUGCGCUGAGGAGUGGGGGGCUUUGGAAACUCUAUGUGGGACACAGAGCCUGAUGGACGCCCCCCCUGGCACUGGGUUACUCACUCUCCAAAGUAAAACUGAAGCGGAGGAGAGAUUUGAGAAGGAGACCAGGUUGUCGCUGUUUGGGGCAUUACAGCACACUCGCACCUCAGAUAUAGAUAUAAGACUGGAACUACCACCUGUGCCCAGUAAUAUUGAUGUCACUGGGCUGGCCAUCAAGGUGCCUCCUUCUUUAGACCAAUCUGAAGAUGAGGGCUUUCAGUCAGCCUCCAACCUCACCCCAGAGUCUCAGCCUGAGUCCAGUCCAGGUCCGGAGCUCGAUCUGUGGGAAGCAGCUCUAACGUUUGAGCCUGGGCGUCGGCGCUGCUGGGAGUCUAUCGGCUGUCCCCCAGGUAAUCGCGAGGCCCUGUUUCUCACAGAGUCGGGCAGAGAGGCAUUUGACCAGCUGUACCGUCUGUGGGAGGGGGGCAUGAGGGUGCUGAGUGGGGACACGCCCUCUCCACUGCUCCCUCUGCCCCAGGACACCCAAACACAGCUUGUGACUGACCUGCUCAACGUGCUCAUCGGGGUGGCUUCAACUACCUUCCCUCUCAAUCAGAGUGUCCAGUUUGACGUGCGUCCGGGUGUGUGUGUGUCGGGAGCAUCUCCAGAGAGUGUGUCCCGACUGCUGCAGGAGCUGGCUCAGUAUGGGACUCACUAUCUGCGCCUCAGCCACUUCUCCCUGCAGAGCGCCGACAAGAAGGGGCUCGUCUUUCAGGCAUUUACAGGUGGUUUGAGGAAGUACCUGCACUACUACAGAGCCUGUGUCCUCAGCACCCCUCCCACUCUCAGCCUCCUCACCAUCGGAUUCCUCUUCCGUAAAGUGGGACACCAACUAAGGUACCUGUCGGAGCUCUGUUGCGUGGAUGGGCCUUUGGGUGCUGGCCAGGCCACCUUCCCCGUGGGCGUGAAGCUGCUGUCCUACCUGUACAAUGAAGCCCAGAAUAACUGUAGUAAUGAAAACUACCCGGUCCUUCUGUCUCUGCUGAAGAGGAGCUGUGCACCUUACACACGGUUUGUGUCCGAUUGGGUGUACAGCGGCGUGUUUCGAGACGUUUACGGAGAAUUCAUGAUCCAGGUCAAUGAGGAGUACCUGGGAUUCAGAGAUAAAAACUACUGGGUCCAGGGCUACACGCUGAUCUCCAAAGACGUGGAGGAUUGCGUCCCCAUAUUUCUGAGACACAUCGCCAACGAUGUUUAUGUGUGCGGAAAAACCAUCAACCUGCUCAAGAUCUGCUGCCCACAGCACUACAUCUGCUGGUCGGAGCUGCCUGCCCCUCGCAUCGCCGUCACUUUCUCACUGCAGGAGGUGGAGGAGAUUGAGAAGGAGUGUGCAGUGUACAGAGGACGCAUGGAGCGAAUCGCCAAGCACAGCGCCAUCAGCAGGGAGGAGCAGGCGCUGAGAGCCGAGCGAGCACGCCAAGAACUCAUCAACCAGGUCCGCGAAUCGGCCGCCAAGACUCUGGAGAACAUACGUGGGCGCCAGGUGUCACAGCGUCUGGCGGAGGAGGCCAAAAAGAGGGAGCGCUUUGAGGAGCUAAAGCUGCACUUGGAGCAGGAGCAGGAGUGGUGUAUUGCAGCUAAGAAGAGGCAGGAGGAGGAUGAUUUCAGUUUUGCUCGAGAGCUGAGAGACCGAGAGAAGAGACUACAGGCCCUAGAGGAGCAACUGGAGCAACAGGCCAGGAAGGAGCUGAUUGCGCAGUACAGCCGUCUGUCAGAGGAGGCAGCACUGAGGGAGAGGAGGGCACUGUGGCGGGUGCAGAGGAUGAGGCUCCACGAAGCACGCAAUCAGUUUUUAGCACAAGACGAGCAACAGAUCGAGGCCUUACUGAAGAAAUAUCCUCGGGGCCAAGGGAGACCUCCCAUAGAUCUGUUCCCACCUUUACCGUCAGCUCAACCAGCCACAACCCAACCAGCACAAGAAUUUCCAAAUGGGGUCCAUCUUGAAGAACAACAUGAAAAACAGCAUGAAGAAACCCAAGAAUCUGCCCCAACCCCACAAACAGAAAUGCCAUCCCCUCCAGACACCACAACACCUCCCAUAGACCCAAACCUUAUUUCUGAAAGCAUUGAUAUAAACGACUUUCUUCCUAAACCUCCAAAUCCUGACAGUGCUGAGGUGGACUCCGCUUUACAGGAUAUUGGCUCCGACUUACCACAAACAUGCCCUACCUUCCCAUUGGUGGACUAUGACUUCAGCGCCCCCUUUAGUCCACUCGAAGGUAUGACCAGCCAUAUCCAACCCAAAUCUGGACCAGCAACUGAACCAAGACCUGACAAAUCCCAUCCAUCCUUUUCGCAUAUUCCUAUUGGAGAGAAUGUAUCAUCAAUGCAAGAAAUUCGCCCUAAAGCUAGUCUGUUUGGGCAAGCUACAAAAUCUAUUUUCCCCCUUGGUCAUUUUACACCACAGGAAAGUCAAGAUUCUCCAAAAAGCAAGAUUUCUGGGCAUACAUCACACGAUUUGAUAGACUUAAAUGUGUCAGUAUCAGAAGCAAAGCAAGAAGAUGGCGCUGUAGCAUCUGAAUUAACAUUAACAGUAGAACCAAAACUAGCACCAACUUUUACCAAUACUCAAGAAGAAACGAUUAAAAUUGAUGAUUCAAAAGACACAAGCCAGAAGGAGGAAUCCGAAAACGUAUCUGAAAGUCAAAAUUCCUGUUCAAAUAGUACAAUUUUGGAGAUUCCUUCCCACGUAGAUGACAUAAUGCCUUCCUCAAGUGCUUCCGGUUCACAAAUUAAAAUAGGUGAAAACGUUUCAGACAUAACGGUGACACUCCCAUCUGCAAACAUUCUUGAUCACCCCUCAGAUUCCAAUAUCAAAUUAGGAGAUUUUGUUUCAGACGUUGCACCAUAUCUACCUUCCCAAAAUAUUCACGGGCAUUCAUCAGAUUCGCAUAUCAAAAUCGGAGAAAAUAUUUCAGAUUUUGUUGCGCCCUUUCCGUUGCAAAACAUUCAUGGACACGCUUCAAACGCCCACCUCAAAAUCGGUGAGCUCAUUUCGGACGUAGCCGCUUCAUUGCCAUCUCCAAACAUCCACGGACAUUCCUCUGAUUCGCAUAUCAAAAUCGGUGAAAAUGUUUCAGAUUUUGUCGCACCUCUUCCUACAGCUAACGUCCACGGUCACUCCUCCGAUGCUAAUCUCAAAAUUGGUGAGUUUCUGUCUGAUGUAACACAAGCUAGACCAAGAUGGAGCAAGCAUGGACAUGCUUCAGAUAGCACGCUCCAACCGGGAUGCACGAUGUUGGGAAGUGAACUGACUUUAUCCCCUCUACCUGGAAGUAAUUUUGGACAUUCCUCAGAUUCGACUUUAGGAACUGGGUGCGUAGUAGCAGGAGUUGAACCCAAAAAAUCCCCCUUACCUGGCAGCGCUCACGGCCACUCAUCAGACUCCAGUUUGGGCGUUGGUUGUGUAGUUUCCCAACCAGAAACAAUGCAAUCCCCGCUACCAGGAAGCCAUUUUGGACAUUCUUCCAAUUCGACGUUAGGAACAGGGUGUGUAGUAGCCGGAGCUGAACCCAUAAAAUCUCCCUUACCUGGCAGCGCAUUUGGACAUUCCUCAGACUCCAGUUUAGGCAUUGGUUGUGUUGUGUCCAAGUCGGAGCCAGUCCAGAGUCCACUUCAACGCAACAUCUUCGGACACUCCUCGGACUCUUCUCUUGGAGUUGGCUGCGUUGUGAAAAGCAAAGAGAGAGGAGAUGACCAAGCAACCAGGGACAAAGAAACUGAAGUGUCUCUGUCUGGUUGCGGAGGGGAGCAGGUGGCUGGAUGGGGGGCAUCGGGGUGGGCUCUAUCCCCCCGAGAAAUGUCCGAGCAGCAGUACCUCUCUGCCCUGUCCUCCCAGUACCAGGUGGAGCAUUACGAAGACUCCUACAACGCUAUGGCCUCGUCUCCAGAGUGUCAGCUGCUGAAGCCCAUCACGCGGGGCCCCCGGGGUCUGCACACGGCCCAGGCUCUGGACACGGCCCCAGACUCGUCCUCGGUGCAGCUCAGUGAGAUGGUGUCUCUGCCUGUGCUCAUCAAACACUCGGUCACAGCUCCACUCAUCACACAUGUGUCCCUGGUGAACAAGGCGGUGGUGGACUUCUUCUUUGUGGAGCUGGGAGUGGAGAGGCACUUUGAGGCGCUGCGUCACUUUCUUCUGAUGGAGGACGGAGAGUUCGCUCAGUCCCUCAGCGAUCUGCUCUUUGAGAAGAUGGGCAGUGGUCAGACGCCCGGUGAACUCCUCACUCCUCUGGUGCUGAACUCCAUCUUGAACAAAGCUCUUCAGUACAGUCUCCAUGGCGACACCCCUCUGGCCCGAAACUUCACUUUUGCCCUCCGCUACCUCCCCGAGACAUUUCACCCCCAUGCCCCUGACUCACUCAACUGUUUAGAGCUGCGCUACAAGGUGGACUGGCCUCUGAACAUCAUCAUCACAGACAGCUGCAUGAACAAAUACAACCGUCUCUUCUCGUUCCUGCUGCAGCUCAAACACAUGGUCUGGAGUCUGCGCGACGUCUGGUUCCACCUCAAACGCACAGCUCUGGUGAAGGGCGCUGGCCGCUCAGUGCAGUUCCGGCAGCUGCAGUUGUAUCGACACGAGAUGCAGCACUUUGUGAAGGUGAUCCAGGGAUACAUCGCCAACCAGAUCCUGCAGGUGUCAUGGAGCGAGUUCAUCACCAAACUGACCUCCGCCAACGACCUAGACGCCAUUCACCGCACACACGCAGACUACCUCAACAGAGCCAUCUUCAGGGGUUUGCUGACAGAUAAAGCCGCUCCAGUCAUGAAUAUCAUCCACAGUAUAUUCAGUCUGAUAUUGAAGUUCAGGGCCCAGCUGAUCGCACUGCCCUGGGACAACCAGCAGGGGGAGGCGGUGCACCCCAGUUUCAUCGCUAUGCAGCAGUCCUACAAUACCUUCAAGUACUACUCGCACUUCCUUUUCAAAGUGGUUACCAAGCUGGUGAACAGAGGCUACCAACCACAUCUGGAAGACUUCCUCCUUCGAAUCAACUUCAACAACUACUACAAAGACUCCUGAAAAGUCUAUGCAUUUUCAAGUGUUUGUUGUGCUUCACAUCUACUGAGUUUGGACAUAAAUGUGGAUCACAGCAGGUUAAAAAAACAGGUCUGAAAUAGAGGUGCACAAUUGAAAUAUUUAAGUUUUGUUUUAAAGACUGAGGCUCAAACAUAUGUGGCUUAAAUAAAGAUUAUUUUAAGGUUGUUGCCAUAUUGACAUGCUAAUUUUCAAACUACCCCCGAGGCUG